AGUCUUUAACCACUUUCUGUCUGGGAAAUGUCUAUAAAAGAAUGUGGGAAAAGAUGUAGAGAAAGAAAUUGGUGUAAAUGAUAAAUGAUAGGUAUUGUAAUAGUAAAGGAAAAAGGGAAAAGAAACAUAGAUUGCAUCAGAGAAAAAGCGCCGAGGAAAGCAAGACAUGAACAACCACACUCUUCCUCUUCUCCCUCUGGAAGUGAUCAGAGAAAUUCUUCUGUUAUUGCCGGUGAAAUCCCUUUUGCGUUUCAAGUGUGUUUCCAAGUCAUGGCUUUCUCUCAUUUCCGAUACCCAAUUUGGCGUUUCCCAUUACGACCUAGCUACCACACCCACCCAUCGAAUCCUUAUGAGAUCAAACGAUUUUUAUGCUCAAUCCAUUGACAGAAACGCACCGUUUAUAGAUCACGGAGAGGGUACUCUGUGUUUGCUUCGUGCUGUGCAUCUCCUUCUUCCCCCUCCUUCUCCCCCUCGCAUUCCAGAUUUUUUUCACUUCGGUGAUUUUCGCAAUCAGCCUCACAUUUUGGGCUCCUGCAGAGGGUUUGUUCUCUUGUACUACCAGAGGAGCGAUGAUCUCAUUCUCUGGAAUCCCUCAAUUGGUGUUCAUAAACAAUUACCACACUUUCAAUAGAAUAACAUAACCCGUGAGUUUCUCUAUGGUUUUGGGUAUGACCCAUCUGAAGAUGACUACUAGAUUACAAUUGUUUCAUUCUCGUCUUCGUUUUCUGCUGAAAUUGAAACCCACGUUUUCUCCUUCAAAACUGCUUCCUGGAACAGUGUUCUUGUCAAUGUUCCAUAUUCAGAUCCUGGCAAUUGCCUUGCUGUCAGAGCUGGGUUACUCUUCAAUGUGACCCCUCAUUGG